AUGCCGUUUGGAGACUCGACCGCCCUUUUCUGCGAAUGCGGUGCCCAUCGCCCUACGGCAGCGAUCCCAACCAUUGCAGCCAAAAUCAACGAAAUAGACCUAUUUGGCUCAACGUCCACGACCAAUGCCACUCCGGCUGUCCUAAUGCAAUCGGCAGCUUAUGGAGCAAACUCGAGCUUGAGGACCACAGCUAGCGUAGGCUACAACCCGGCAUACACUACAAUGCUUGUUCGGUCUGCAAUUUCGGCUUCAUCGCUGGUAAACAAUCUCUACACUUCGCCUGCUUCCUCCUCUGUGUUUGACCCUUGCGCCGCACCACAGACGCCAUUAACUCUCGUUGAGCCGCCGGCUUCAGUGAGACUGGAGACCGCGUCUACAUCAAGUAGCAAUAUCAGUAAAUUGCUCGCGAAUUCGUCAAUUAUUCACAAUGCUAAAAUUUCUAAUACCGCAGAACGCAACCGUGUCAGUCCACAAGAGCGCAUUAAAGGCUACAAUGUAACCGAGGUAAACGACACGAUUACUGUUGUGCAGAACGAACGCGCCGAUCCAGUUGAAGAGCGGCAUCACAAUCAGCGCACGUUGCCAAAUGACGAGUGGCUACAUAUUUUGCGCAAAAACCGUCAGGCGGGGAAAAAGUUUACGAAUUCCCCAUUUUCGCCUGACGCGUCAUCAAUUUUUCGAGAUACAAUUAAUCCAAAGUAUCCGCAUCUUCAAGAGUAUGUUCGAAAGUGGAAGCACGUGACGGAUUUUCAGCGAAACGGCUUACGUGGAGAUUACGAUGUUAGACGACGAGAAGAAAUUUGUGUAAUUUUACGAACUGAUAAAAAAGCUGUGACCACGGGCGCCACAAAGCGUAAGCGCGAUCACAUGCUGAUACUUACGAAAAAUAUGAGCGAGUAUGUGCAGGACGGACUACAGCGGUUUGAGCUCAUGUGGGAAAAGAGUUUCCUUGAUCAUUACAAACCACUUGCAUAUUUCAGUGUGGGAGAAGGUUCUGGCUAUCGUGUCGACGGUACAGAGUCUGCUUUCGUGUCGCGUGUCUCGCGUGUCUCGCUAUUAGUACCUGUGUGUUUUCAUGCUCAAAGCACUUGUCUCUUUGAUCGCUCGCGCGAGUCUAAAGCUGCCAGCCGCAUUUCGGGCGUUAAGAUAAGUCCCGGUGACAUGCGUGUGGAACGUGUUUGGUGUAUUGUAUAUUCUAUUGACAUCACAGCUUGCUUUGUCACAAAUUUAAGCGACGACAUGAUACAUCCAGAACAGGUAGAGAAGGAACAACAGUACAACGAAGAAGGUGUACGCUGUGUGAUUUCGGCGCAACAAUCGCAGCCGCGUUUUAGUUGUUGA